UUCAAAGUUAUUCAGUUUUCUGUAUAUUUAUGUCAGAAGAUUAAUUUUAAAUGGCAUAAUAUGUCAGUGCUGCAGAGUAUAAAACCAAGAAUUUCGAAAUAAAAUGAUAAAGAUUCCAUAUAGAUCAUGGAUUGGUUUCAUGAUAUUUUGGUCUGCAACCACAGGUUCUUUCUUCCUUGGCCAUUUUCAAAUGAGCAUUCUGGUGAUGAUAGACAAGGAAUAUUGGAAUAAAACUCUGACGAGGCAGAACUAUGUCCAAAAAGAUUAUGGUCCAAGGUACAACUGGACCAUGGUCGAGGAAGGACAACUUAUAAGUUCAUACUACUAUGGACUAGCCAUAAUGUCUUUGCCUGGAGGAAUUCUCGCAGACUUGGUCGGACCAUAUAGGAGCAUACUUGUUACGAACCUCAUGAGCGCAGCGGUGACAAGUUUGGCAGUACCACUCUCAGGAAACAAUUGGAUACCUCUUUUCGUUUGCAGAUUCAUCGUUGGAUUAGGUGGAGGUAUUGGUUUCCCAGCUCUCAGUUCCCUCAUAGCAAAAUGGGCACCGCCAAAGGAGAAAGCCAUUUUUACAUCCUGCAUCCUUGGAUUUGUUUUCGGUUCUUUGGUAACCCCACCAAUUGCUUUCGCAGUAAUUAGGUAUAUGGGAUGGCAGUGGUCUUUCUAUUUGACUUCAUUGUCUGCACUUCUGUUCUGCGUGGUGUGGUUCUUUAUAGUGUCCGACUAUCCCUUAGACAACUGGUUCUGCCCCAAAGAGGAAGCUGGGUACAUCGACGAAAGUUUGGAAGGGACUGUCCAGAAAGGAUGGGUCAAACCUCCGAUCUGGAAGAUGAUCACUUCUUUGCCGUUUUUGGUGUUGGCCAUGGGACAUUUUGGGGUCGUAUCUGGAAUGUUUCUCGUAGUAACACUUCUGCCGAAGUUUCUUGACGAAGCCCUAGAGUUCGACCUGGAAAAAGUUGGAACCAUGGCUGCAAUUCCUAAUAUUGGACGAUUGAUUGCGGGGUUCACCUAUGGCAUUGUUGUAGGGAUCCUGAUGAAGAGAUACGGCAUUGAUAAGAAGUACUUGCGGAAGGGUUUCGUCAUUUUUUCACAUAUGUUGCCAGGCACGGUUCUGUCUAUCUUCCUGUUGAAUUUCCUGAUAGAGUUCGGCCACAGCUUGGCCAUUGCCCUGCUGAUUAUAUCAACCUUAUGCGCGUCUUCAGCUGUGGUCACAACUUCCGUAAAUCCUCAAGACCUUGCUCCGAAUUUUGCAGGAACGCAGAUUGGAAUAAUAGGAUUUGUUGGGGCAACCGCUGGGUUCAUUUAUCCCAGUAUGUUGGCUAAAAUAACCGAAGAGAAGAGCGAUCUCCUUCAUUGGUCAAUUCUCUUUGGAAUAAUUGGUGGUGUAUACUUAUUUACUGGAUCUAUGUUCAUAAUAUUUGGUUCAACGUCUGUGCAGCCUUGGAAUGAAAAAAAGGCUCAAACUGCGCAAAAUGAGACAUCGUGA